CCCAGCAGCCAAGAUGAAGGCUGUGGUGGGUUUGUGCUGUGUGCUGUGUCUGCUCGCCCCGUCUGCUGCAGGGGCGUCCGUUAAAGACGAGGAGCCUCUGGUGCAUCUGCACCUUCAGCAGUUAGAAGGAGACCCAUUCUCAUGUGGCUGUGACUUGACAGAUGAUCGUAGCAGCUCUUCCAAUGACACUCCAUCCCCAGAGGGAGCAAUGUGCCAGACCAGCAAACCCCCAUCAGGUUCAGAUCCUGAACAGGAAUCAGCUCCUGCUGAGGAUGCAACCAGUGCUGGAGAAGAUCAAGAGGUAGCUGCUUCCCAAUCUGAGGAAGAGGUGACAUCCCAGAAAGAUGCUAACAUACAAACUGUAGAGGAGACUGAAUCCUUGGAGGAUCAAAAUGCUGAGAUUGAGGAGGUUUAUUUGCCUGAUGAGGAGAAAAAAACAGACACAGUUGGAAGGAAUUUGAGCAUUGAAGAGGACAAAGAAGCAGAGGAGGAAUUAUUCAAAGAUCAAAAAGAAGAAUCAAGUGGUCCUCCAACAGAUGCACAAGAGAAUGAACCAGCUGCUGGACAAGGAGGCAAAGAAGACAUCCAGGAGCCACAAGGUGAAGAUGCACAAGAGGAAACAGCUGAGGAUGAGGUCAGUGAGGAUGAGUCUGCAGAUGUUCCUACAGCAGACCCUGCACCAGCACAAGCACAGACAGAACUGCUACCAGAGCCAGAGUCAGAAGAUGAGGCUGACGGUAGUUUAGCGCAUGAAUCAGAAACAAGCAUGACACAAAAACCAGAACAAGAGCCAGAACACAUUUCAGCACCAGAGCCAGAGGUGAUUCCAGAUCCUGAAAACAAGUUACAAAUGGUUAAAGAAGCAAAGGUGAGUUCAGAGUCUGCUGUGGAGGACACCACACAAGAACAUGCUCAAGAAGAAGCUGUAGGAGAAGAGGCAGCCUCACUGGAGGAUCCUCCUGUCAUGGAAGAUGUAUCGGUUGUCCUUGAGGAAGUGACUACAGAGGAUCUGACACAGCCUGAAGCCACAGGACAAGAAAAUGAGGCACCGAGGCAAGCAAUGAGGAACGUCUCACACAUUGAGGACACACUAAGGUUUUCUCCAACUCAGCCUUCAGCAGAGUUCACAGCUGCGACAAAGAAGCUGCUCAGCAUCUACUACUCUGCCAUCAGGCCAAUGGAACAAGCCUACAAGUACAACGAGCUCAGACAGCAUGAAGUCACAGAUGGAGAGAUCACAGCUAAACCCAUGGUUUUGUUUUUGGGACCCUGGAGUGUGGGUAAAACGACCAUGAUCAACUACCUGCUGGGUCUUCAUGGCACCUCCCACGAGCUCUACACAGGUGCUGAGCCCACCACCUCUGAGUACACGGUCAUCAUGCACGGCGAGAAGUUUCGCACCAUAGAGGGCAUUGUGAUGGCGGCAGACAAUUCACGGCUCUUCUCUCCUCUGGAAAAGUUCGGACAAAGCUUCUUGGAGCGGCUUGUUGGCUUCGAGAUGCCCCACAAGCUCUUGGACAGCGUGACCUUAGUUGAUACUCCAGGCAUCAUUGAGAACCGAAAGCAGCAAGAGAGAGGUUAUCCUUACAAUGAGGUGUGUCAGUGGUUCAUCGAUCGAGCUGAUCUGAUCUUCUUGGUGUUCGAUCCCACAAAGCUGGAUGUUGGUGGGGAGUUGGAGAUGCUCUUCACACAGAUGAAAGGCCGUGAAUCGCAAAUCCGCCUGAUUCUCAACAAGGCUGACAGUGUUUCCACUCAGGACCUGAUGAGAGUCUAUGGCGCUCUGUUCUGGAGCAUGGCGCCACUGAUCAACCUCACUGAGCCUCCUCGAGUAUAUGUGAGUUCCUUCUGGCCUCAGGACUAUGCUCCGGACACCAGCCGGGAACUUUUUAUGAAGGAGGAGAUCUCUCUACUGGAGGACCUGAACCAGGUGAUUGAGAACCAGAUGGAAAACAAGAUCGCCUUCAUCCGCCAGCAUGGCAUCCGUGUGCGCAUUCACAGCCUCCUUGUGGACCGUUACCUCCAGACCUACUAUGACAAACUGGGCUGGUUUGGUGACUCCAAUGAGGUGUUCCACAACAUAGUCACUGACCCUGACAAGUACUUCAUUUUUAAGUCCAUUCUGGCCAAGACCAACAUUAGCAAGUUCGACCUGCCGUGUAAGGAGGCCUAUGAGGAUUUCUUUGGCGUGAACCCAGUUACGAGCUUCAAACUGCUGUCACAUCACUGCAGCUGGACUGGUGGCUGUCUACUGGACAAGCUGGAGAAGGCCAUCUCACAUGAGCUGCCCACGCUGCUCAGCAGAGUUAGCAAGACCUCAAACAUACCUGGUCCAGAAGCCACCGCCCAGACACCUGCGCCAACCCAACCCGGUAUCUGUGAAGGUUUUGGAUGUGAAGAAAAACCCAAGAAUCGUUGGCGGAGACAAUGAGAUAGAGAAGAGGAGGAGAAAAGAAGGGCAUUAUCACCAGCAUAGAGAGGGUUUGUUGCAGUCA